AUGCGUCUGCUCCACACAAGCUCCCUGGAUCUGGUCGAGAUUCCCGACGAUGCCGUGCCCAGCUAUGCGAUUCUCUCCCACACUUGGGGCGACCAGGAGAUCACCCUGCAGGACAUGGAGCGCGUCAUCGCCAACGACUCGGACAACCGCUCUGCUGUGAAUCGCGUCACCCAGAAAGACGGAUAUCGCAAGGUGAAAGCCGCUGCGGCCAUGGCCCUGAGUCGCGGCCUCGAGUAUUUAUGGGUAGACACCUGCUGUAUUGACAAAUCGAGCAGUGCAGAGCUGUCUGAGGCCAUCAACUCAAUGUACCUUUGGUACCAGCAGUCUGAGGAGUGCUAUGCCUUUCUUUCCGACGUCGGUCCUGAGGUUGUCGAGGACUGGACGGACCCUCAGUCCAGCCUUUACGGCAGUCGGUGGUUCACCAGAGGUUGGACGCUGCAGGAGCUCGUUGCUCCAAGCGCCGUGCUCUUUUACGCCAACGACUGGACCUUUCUUGGCCGAAAAGACAAACCAGAGUCAUUCACCAGGGUUAUCAGUGAGGUGACAGGCGUCGGCUGUGAAGUCUUGGACGGGAGGAUCGACCCAUUGCAGCUCAGCGUGUCUGCACGGAUGGCUUGGGCUUCUCGUCGCCAGACAACCCGGCGAGAGGAUGUGGCGUAUUGCCUAAUGGGUCUCUUCCAGGUCAAUAUGCCCCUUCUAUACGGCGAAGGGACUCGAGCUUUUAGGCGGUUGCAGGAGGCGAUUCUCCAGCAGACAGAUGACCAAUCCUUAUUCGCGUGGAACUCGGCGGAUGAUAUCGAGGAUGAGGAUCAGGAUGCUCUUUCGACUCUUCUCGCAAAGUCUCCAGCCCAGUUUGCGUAUGCAGGUGAUAUCCAACCUCUGCCACCACUGCCCACCUACGCAAGCAUGCCGUCCAGCAUGACGAAUCAAGGUCUUCAUGUCCACCUUUACCUACGGCCUGCCGAGGAUGAUUAUGGAGGUUCCUACGAAGCUCCAAUGGAGGAAGACUUCGAUGCCAUUUUGGACUGUGUCAUCCAUGUUGAUAAUACAUAUCUGUGCCCCGUCAUCCGACUUCGUCGUCUCUCUGAGGACCAGUACGGGAGAAUUCAAACCAGAUCGAGAAGACUUUUGCCACCGCCCUCCCCCUACAACUAUUGCAGCGAGGACGAAGGGUAUCAACAUGUUUACGUCCGACAGGAGCCCAUGUAUUACCAUUUGCCCCAGUUCAGAAUCCCACCAUCACCAACCCCCUCCCCUCCAGAUUCCGAAUUCGGCAUCAGCAGCACCAUGUCAUCAUCGGACCAUUCUUUCUAUCGUUUUUCAAGCGCCUUCCCUCCUCGGCAAUGGAAUUCCCACACCAUGACUCUCAAAGUAAACUAUUCACGCAAGAUUCAAGCCAUGGGCCUCUUUAGAUAUCAGAGCAGUACAUGGGGGAAUUCCGCCAUUGAUGUAGUUGUUGGUCUGAGACGACUCAAUGCUAUGCAAUGGGAGGGUUGGUGUUUCCAAAUGCGCACCGCAUGUUCGAUCGAGGAAUCAUUCGAUUCGAUCAACAGCAAAAUCUCCAAGGCGAUCGAGGGUACAAAGAACGCGGACAUUUCACCCGGUCUACUCAGGGAUACCAUUGGGGAUGAUGCUCGAUUGAUAACAGAAGCGACCGUGAGCGGGACGCAGCUCCAAGGUCGGCUGUAUGUUUCCAUCACACUGGCUACGAAGCCCGAGAUCCAAGCGGCUGGUGUGACACUUACACCUGAACAACAAGAGAAGUUGAGGGAAUCCUUGGUUGAACCCAGCCAUGAGGACAAGGAUAUCGUGAAUGAAUUCGAAGGUCAAGAUAUUGAAAUGCUUCAACGAGACGUCCAGCUUCUGACCGGGCCAUGUUCUCAAACCACAUGGGAGGAAUUCGUGGACCAUGAUUCAGAAACUAUCGCCAGCUUUAAUCCUCGAGCCGUGCGCAGCCUGGAUAAGGAACCACCAGAGCCAACUGAGUCUUCCAAAGACAGUACCGAUACAAAGACACAAGAUGGGUCAUCUAGCAGUCCAAGGAACUCAUUGAAUCUCCCCCAGCCAGCGAGCCAUGAAAGGCGAUCGAGCAGCGCAAGGAGCUCUUGGAACCUCCUCCGACCCCUCAGCCAUAUCUUGACCAUGUCAGCAACACUCAGCAGCCCCUUUGAACCAACCAGAAUAGAAAAGCUGAGGAGCACGAGCAGCCCGCUGGCGAGUAAAAGCACCAAGCAGGCCGCGUCAAUCGGGUUCUUUCUCGGGUACUUGCGGGACUUUAUCGCGGAGCUUAAGCAGGGUCCUGUGGCAAAUUUCACUGCUUCUCCUGUGCAACUCUUGGCGAUCUCCCUCUUUGAUGGGGAGAAAGAAAACGCAGAAAAAGUCAUCUCCAGAUAUCCUGAGUUACUGGAUCCUCGAAAUUUAGAAGCCGCAACCUCUGACAAAUAUGGCCUGUACCCGGUACACUGGGCUACUGCUGGAGGCUUUACCGAAUCUCUAGACUUCCUCUUGAAGAAAAGAGGCAAGGAGAUUUUUCAGGCAGUGUCACGAGGUGGCCUGGGUGCACUCCACAUUGCUUCCAUGUGUGCUAGUCCGUCUUGGAUUGUAAUCCGGGACGCCCUAGACAUGGACUCCUUCACUGCUUUGGCAUCCCUGCCUACAAAACAUCUUCAAGAAACGCCUCUUCACCUUAUGGCUGCUUACUAUAGCCGCCGACCCACUGCGAGCGAUAGUGAUGAUUUCUAUACCUGGCUUCAGCUUGUGGGUGAGCUGGUAUCGAAUGUAUCCACUGAUUGCCGGAACUUGUACGAAGAGACGCCACUGCAUCGCGCAGCAGCCUGCAAUAAUGAGGCUAUGAUUGACUUUUUACUCAGUCAAGCUCGCAACAGACACCUAGUUGAUGCGCUGGACAGAUUCGGGCGAACGCCAAUCUGGCAUGCUGCCGCCACAGGCUCAGCUGAGGCUGUCAAGGCCUUGAUCAAGACCGGGGCCAGCAUAAACCUCGCAGAUGACCUAGGCAUGACUCCUCUGCAUGCCGCCUCCAGGGAGGGGCACUGCGAUGUCAUUCUUUUGCUUCUCCAAUCCAGAGCAUACAUCACAAGUGAGACGUUAGGUCUCAACUUCACUGCGCUGGAUUACGCGGCAAUGUUUGGGCACACCCCAUGUGUUCGGGCCUUUGUUACGACUAGCUUGGCUCUAAGUUUUCCUGAGCCUACUCGAUGGAUGGAGGACAUUGGCUCGCUAGUCGAGCAAGACGAGCGCCUGCAAUGGGCCAAAAUCAAGACAAGGGCGCUCCAAAUCGCCUCCUCGUGUGGCUGGCUGGGGUGUGCCUCGACGUUAUGCCGAUAUCAUGCCGACCCUUUCAUCCCAAUGGGCUCCUAUCUUAAGCUGAACGACACACAUACUUGCGCAUUUGUCGUCAUAGAGAAGGGCAGUGCUUUGACAUCUGCUAUGCGGGAGGGCCAUGAGGACAUUGCCAGGUUGCUCGAAGAGCAGUCAUCUGCCAAGGAGGACAAUGAUGAAUUUGGCGAAGAGCAUCCGGCAUCUCUUCCUGAUCCAAUUGAAACAGAUGAAAGGAAGGAGGCGCAAGAUAACGGUGAUGAGACUUUAUGGAAGCUCAUCCAGAUCCAAUCCAACCACAACCUCACGGAGACCGGACUUCGCAAAGAUAUAAAGAAUCCGUGGCUUACCCUGUGGAUUCCUGGAGGGGGGCGACUGACCACGGGGGAGGGGGCUCGCGUCACACGCGACAGGAUGGAUAUAACCAAGGCGAUGAGUCUUGGGCUCACCGCAGGGGCCACGACGAUGAAGAACGCCGUCAAAACAUUGAUCGUAUUCGUCAAAGAUUCAGGUAUGAAAACCAAGAUUCUCGUAUCAGUACUCGCAUAA